CGGCUAGAGAGCGUCGGGCCUUUCUCCAUCUUCACCGUGAUGUGGAAACGGAAAAACCCUCGUUAGGUCAAUCAAACUGACUGGGGGAUGUCAGGGUUUUCUUAAACACUCAUAGCCCUCGAUUUGGAUUGGAUUUAUAUCCGGUGAUUCUCUUCCCGUAUCUGGCUUGUGAUUGAGCGGUAUAAAUUAGUUGAACUGAGUAGAGUUUUUGGCAAUUUUGAUUGCAAACAUAGUGUAGCGCUUGGAUUUGCAAGCAUUCGUGUAUAGAUUUUUAUAGCUGUGGUAGUUAAUUUGUGAGGGAUGGAAGAAACAAAACAUGAAUUGAAGAGGAGUCACCGGGAACGUGACAGGGACAAAGAAAAGGAGAGAAAUGGAGAGAGACAUAGGGAUAAGAGAGACAGGGAAAGUAGGCGUUCUGAGAGAGAGAAAAGCACUGAUUCUGAUGACAAGUAUGACAAAGAGAAAGAGAGAGAUAAGCAUAGAGACAAGGAGAAAGACCGCAGGAAUAUGGAUGAGGGAAAAGAUAGAAGCAGUGAUAGGAAGAGAGACAGAGGCAGGGAUAGAGAAGACAGGGACAGAGAGAAGGAUAGGGAGAAAGAGAAAGAAAGAGAGGAGAAGAGGGAGAGGGCAAGGGAGAAGGAUCGGGAGAAGGAGAGAGAGAAGAGGGAACGUGACCGUGAAGAUAGAGAGAGAGAAAGGGAGAGGAGAGAACGAGACAAGGAAGAACGAGAUAGGGAGAGAGAUAGAGAGAGGGAGAAGAGAGAGCGUGAUAGAGAUAGAGAGAGGGAGAGGAGAUUGAGGGACCGGGAGAAGCGUCGAAAAGUUGAUAGUGAUGAUAGUGAUGAAGACAAGGAACACAAUAGAAAACGGCAUAGGAGAGGUGAAGAUGAUUACAAGGAGAGAGUGCAUGAGCAGAGUGUUAGAUCAAACAGGCAUUGGGAUGACAGUGAUGAUAGCCCAAGGAAAAGAGAUGUUGAAGAUGAUUUGGAAAAGAAAGAGAAGAAAACCCGAGAAGAAGAGCUAGUAGAUGAACAACAGAAAUUGGAUGAGGAAAUGGAAAAGCGGAGGAGGAGAGUUCAGGAAUGGCAAGAGCUGAAGAGGAAGAAGGAAGAAUCCGAGAGAGAAAAAUGUGGGGAAGAGAAUGUUGAUGAACCCAAGGCUGGCAGGAACUGGACCCUUGAUGGAGAAGAUUCUGAUGAUGAAGAAGUACCCCAAACUGGGAAAUCUGAGACAGACAUGGAUGCUGAUGAAGGUGCUGAUCCUCCUGAUAAACAAGUUAGAGAUGAAAUGGUGGUAGACUCUGAGAGUGGGAAUGCUGCACCUGUUUUGCAAAAUGGGGUUGCCAGUGAGGAAGAAAUUGAUCCACUUGAUGCUUUUAUGAACUCUAUGGUUUUACCUGAAGUUGAGAAGCUAAACAAUGCUGUGGAAUUGUCAGUGGUGGAUGCUAAUGGGGUGGACCCAAAGAAGAAGGAUCGAAAGGGUGAUAGGAGUAAUGGUUUACAGCCAAAGAAAAGUUCAAAUAAAUCUCUUGGGAGAAUAAUUCCUGGUGAAGAUUCUGAUUCAGAUUAUGAGGACCUCGAGAAUGAUGAGGAAAUGGUUGAAGAUGAAGAUGAUGAUGAAUUUAUGAAGAGAGUAAAAAAGACAAAAGCUGAGAAAUUAUCUAUCGUUGACCACUCAAAGAUUGAUUACAAACCUUUCAGGAAAAAUUUCUAUAUUGAAGUGAAGGAAAUUUCAAGAAUGACUCCUGAAGAGGUUGUUGCAUACAGGAAACAACUGGAAUUGAAAAUACAUGGAAAGGAUGUCCCAAAACCAGUCAGAACCUGGCACCAAACUGGACUUACAAGCAAAAUUAUGGAGACAAUAAAGAAGCUUAAUUUUGAAAAGCCUAUGCCAAUCCAAGCUCAGGCACUACCCGUAAUUAUGAGUGGGCGAGAUUGCAUAGGCAUUGCAAAAACCGGGUCCGGAAAGACCCUUGCCUUUGUGCUGCCGAUGUUGAGGCAUAUCAAGGAUCAGCCACCUGUGAUAGCUGGCGAUGGCCCAGUUGGACUUAUAAUGGCACCUACAAGGGAGCUUGUCCAGCAGAUCCACAGUGAUAUCAAGAAGUUUGCCAAGGUAAUGGGUAUCGGAUGUGUGCCUGUCUAUGGUGGUUCUGGUGUUGCUCAGCAAAUUAGUGAAUUAAAACGAGGGACUGAAAUUGUUGUCUGUACUCCAGGUCGAAUGAUUGAUAUACUUUGCACAAGUGGAGGGAAGAUUACCAAUUUGAGAAGAGUCACAUAUUUGGUCAUGGAUGAAGCUGAUAGAAUGUUUGACAUGGGUUUUGAACCUCAGAUCACUCGAAUUGUUCAGAAUAUUAGGCCAGAUCGCCAAACUGUACUAUUUUCUGCUACUUUCCCUCGUCAGGUUGAAAUUUUGGCUCGCAAGGUUUUGAACAAACCUGUGGAGAUACAAGUUGGUGGGAGGAGUGUUGUAAACAAAGAUAUAACACAACUGGUUGAAGUGAGGCCAGAAAGUGAGAGAUUUUUAAGAUUGUUAGAACUACUGGGUGAAUGGUAUGAAAAGGGAAAAAUUUUGAUAUUUGUCCAAUCACAGGAAAAAUGUGAUGUUUUGUUUAAGGAUUUGCUUAGACAUGGUUAUCCAUGUCUUUCACUUCAUGGGGCCAAGGAUCAGACGGACCGUGAGUCCACUAUUUCUGAUUUCAAGAGCAAUGUGUGCAAUUUGUUGAUUGCUACCAGUGUUGCAGCUAGAGGUUUAGAUGUAAAGGAACUUGAAUUAGUGAUAAACUUUGAUGUUCCAAACCACUAUGAAGAUUAUGUGCACCGAGUUGGUAGGACAGGCCGAGCUGGUCGAAAAGGAUGUGCCAUUACAUUUAUCUCUGAGGAGGAUGCAAGAUAUGCACCAGAUCUUGUAAAGGCAUUGGAACUGUCCGAGCAAGUUGUUCCUGAUGAUCUGAAAGCUCUUGCUGAUAGUUUCAUGGCAAAAGUGAAUCAGGGACUUGAGCAAGCCCAUGGAUCAGGUUAUGGUGGAAGUGGCUUUAAAUUUAAUGAAGAGGAGGAUGAGAAGAGGAAAGCUGCAAAGAAAGCACAGGCGAAAGAAUAUGGCUUUGAGGAAGACAAGUCAGAUUCAGAAGACGAAGAUGAAGGGGUGCGGAAGUCUGGUGGUGACAUCUCACAACAAGAUGCGCUUGCUAAGAUUGCCGCCAUUGCUGCUGCCACGAAAGCCUCAGCUUCAAUGCCAACUCCUAUCUCAGCUGCACAAAUGCUUCCUAAUGCUGGACUACCCAUUGCUCUGCCAGGUGUUCUUGGCCUACCAAUACCUGGAGCAGUGGCGGUUGUUCCUGGUACCGGGCUGUCUGUGGUCCCCAAUGAUGGGGCAGCUCGGGCAGCGGCAUUGGCAGCUGCCAUCAACCUGCAGCAUAAUUUGGCAAAGAUUCAAGCUGAUGUUAUGCCUGAACACUAUGAAGCAGAACUGGAGAUCAAUGAUUUUCCCCAGAAUGCUCGAUGGAAAGUUACUCACAAGGAGACAUUGGGUCCGAUUUCUGAAUGGACUGGAGCUGCCAUUACCACCAGGGGUCAAUUUUUUCCUCCAAGCCGGGUUGCAGGACCAGGGGAACGCAAACUUUACUUGUUUAUUGAGGGCCCUACCGAACAGUCUGUCAAGAGAGCUAAAGCAGAAUUAAAACGUGUUUUAGAAGACUUCACAAAUCAGGCAUUAUCACUUCCAGGUGGAGCUCAACCAGGCAGAUACUCAGUUGUAUAAGUGCCUGUAUUAUUGUUGAAUUUGCUGUCAACUUCCACAACUCAUUGCCAGUGUUAAUUUUUUUUUUCUCUCCUGUUUAUCCUUCGUGCACGGUUGAACAGGGAUGAUUUAAGCCUAUGCUCGCACGGUCAAUAUGCUUGGCCCAUUACCUCACCUAUCGUGGCUGUCAAAGAGAUGGCGAUGAUCUGGUCUGGUUGGAAGAUAUCUGAAGCCAUCUAUUGCUUUUUGUUUAGAGCUUGUUAUGGCUUGGGCCUCAAUAUGAAGUACUGAACUCGAUCAAGAUGUCAAAAAUGAUGAGGAUGCUUAUGUUGAUCAGGCAUCUUUAAGAGCUGCUUUAUUCUUUCCUGUGCUAGACUCUAUAUUAUAAUCCAACCAAAAAGUCCCCUCGAAAAGAAUAGUUGUCCCAUUAUAGUGUCUGCUAGCUUGAAAUGACAGCAAAUGAUUAUUCUGUUUGAACUUUUUUAUUAUACCCCAAUCAUUUCUUAUUCAA